CAAACUGUUAAUCGAUGCGUGAGUGUUACGAUAAGUACUCUUUGUCACUACGAAAUGUAUAUCGUGUUAUUUGUUUAUCAAAAUACUGAAUUAUUUCUUUUAAUUAGUAUCAAUCUCAGUUUCCUGCUGUUUGGUAUCAAGCAACACGCCAAGGAAUGGAAGCAAGUCCUCGGUCAUUAUCUUCUGGUCCAAACUGUUCAUGAAAUGAACAACCUAUAUUUGAUAAUCGAGAAUUUCCGAAGCGAGGUCGAACUUGUCAUCACUGGUUUAGAUCGUUUCACAUCUGUCAUGCAAGCGAUCUCUGAUAUAAAGAAGACAGCAAUUCAAGCAGAAGUUCGCUACACAACCUGCCAGGAGACCUUUCGAACUCUGCGCAGUCACGAUAUAACUUUUCCCGAAGAGGACGAGCAAAUGGCUUAUAAUUUGCAACGUGAUUGGGAGUCUUUGUAUCUGGGCGCUCUGUACAGGGCUUCGACUUUGGCAAGUACUUCCGAUAGAUUUUCUGACAUGACGCAAGAGCAAAUAAACGAAUUCGUGAAGGAACUCGAACAAUUUGCAACGGACUUCGAGGUCAACGGCCCUGGCAGUGUAGGGGAGAAUCUCGAACGCGGACUGGUCAAAAUGGACGAAUACGGGAAGCUGAUCGCGAAAUACGAGGAACGACGUCUGAACCUGGUCAAGUCCGAGAUACUGUUCGAUCUUCCAGCGACUGAUUACUCGGUCUUCUUGAAAAUCAAGAGAGACUACGAGGGGAUGCGGAUGUUGUUCGAACUGUACAAGGAACAAAGGGACAUGAGGACCGUGUGGGCGCAGACACUCUGGGUGAACCUGGAUCCUCAACAACUGAUCGACGGGAUGGAUCACUUUAUCAGAGAGUUUCGCAAACUGCCGAGAUUCGUGAAGGAACUGAGCGUUGGACAGGCUUUGGACGCGAACAUGAAAAGCUUCAAGAAUUCUGUGCCGCUGUUUAUCGAGUUGAAAAACGAAGCGAUGAGGGAGAGACACUGGAAGCAACUGAUGGAGAAAACUGGACGAUAUUUUGAUAUGGAUCCGGACAGGUUCACCUUGGAGAACAUGUUCGCCAUGGAGUUAGGAAAAUAUCAAGAAAUAGCUCGAGAAAUCGUGAUGAAUGCCGUGAAAGAGCUCGCCAUAGAAAGAGGCUUGAAAGACUUGACUGAAGUCUGGAAAAACAUGGAAUUCACCGUGGUGAAACAUUACAAAGGUACCGAGGAUCGAGGAUUCAUUUUGGGACCGAUAGACGAGUUGAACCAGAUCCUCGAGGACAAUAUGAUGAACGUGAAUGGCAUGGCAGCCUCGCAGUUCAUCGGCCCUUUUCUCAGCGCCGUGCAAAAAUGGGAGAUCACGAUGCACACGAUAUCCGAGGUUCUCGAAUUAUGGAUGCAACUACAGAAGAGAUGGCUGUACCUCGAGGGUAUCUUCGUGGGCGGUGACAUAAGAUACCAAUUGCCAGACGAAGCGAAGAAGUUCGACGAAAUUGAUAAAUCCUUUAAGAAACUUAUGACAGACACGUCGAAGAGGCUGAACGUUCUCGAGUGUUGCACGAUUAAAGGUAAACUAACGAGUUUCUCAAAUGAUUUACAAAUCAAUCAAGAUUCCGUACUAAAUUCAGAUUGUGAUUUUGAAACGAACUUUAGAAAUGCUAGCUUCAGAUCGAUGAAAUCCGGUGAUCCAGGUCGACGAGAGGAGUUCGAGUCGAUGAUCCGUGCACUGGACAAGUGCCAGAAGUCCCUGGCAGACUACUUGAACAGUAAACGAGCAGUUUUCCCGAGAUUCACUUUCCUAAGCGACGACGAGCUGCUGAACAUCCUUGGCAGCGGUGUGCCCGCCGCCAUUCAAGAGCACGUGGGCAAGAUGUUCGAUAAUUUGGACAGAUUCCGGUUCGAAAAGAACGACACCGAACGCGUGAUUGCCGCGGCGUUGAUCUCGUGCGAGCAGGAGCUGAUGGAUUUCAGAAACGUAGUUUUGGCCGAGGGAAAGAUCGAGGAGUGGAUGGUGCUCGCUUUGGACGAGAUGAAGAAAUCGAACAGAUUCCUGACGAAGAAAGCUGUCUACAAUUAUGGCAAAAUCAGAAGAUCCAGGACGAACUGGAUGCUAGACUUUCAAGGGAUGAUGAUCCUGGCGGCUGAUCAAAUAUGGUGGACAGCAGAGGUGGAGAAUGUGUUCGUGAAAAUGUCUGAAGGGCAGAUGCGUGCUAUGAAAGACUAUCUGAAGCAAUUGAACAGCCGAUUGAACGAAGUGGUGACGUUGAUGGGUAGUGACAUGUUGACGAAUAACGAUAGAAAGAAACUUGAUAUGGUAUUGACGCUUGACGUUCAUAUGAAAGAUAUCGUAGAGGGUUUCGUUAGAGACAGCAUUAUGGAUCCUGCGGAAUUCGAGUGGGAAAGUCAAUUAAGGUUUUAUUGGGUCCACGAUCUGGAUAAUCUUUGGAUACACCAAUGCACGGGAACGUUCGAAUACGGCUACGAGUACAUGGGACUCAACGGAAGACUCGUUGUUACACCUUUGACUGACAGAAUAUACCUGACUAUUACACAAGCUCUAUCAAUGCAUCUGGGUGGAGCUCCAGCAGGGCCAGCUGGAACCGGAAAGACAGAGACUACGAAAGACUUGGCAAAAGCAUUAGGAUUAUUGUGCGUCGUCACAAAUUGCGGCGAAGGGAUGGAUUACGUGGCGAUAGGGAAGACACUGGGUGGCCUUGCACAGUGCGGAGUAUGGGGUUGCUUCGACGAAUUUAAUCGCAUCGAUAUUUCCGUGCUAUCCGUCAUUUCCACGCAGCUUCAAACAAUACGCUCUGCUUUGAUGGCGAAAGCGUCCAGAUUCUUGUUCGAGGGAUACGACAUAGUGCUUGACACGAAAGUGGGCAUAUUCAUCACGAUGAAUCCGGGGUACGCCGGCCGAACGGAAUUGCCGGAAUCGGUGAAAGCCCUCUUCAGGCCAGUGGUCUGUGUAGUUCCGGAUAACGAGCUGAUUUGCCAGAUAAAGUUGUUUAGCUCCGGCUUCUUGACCGCCAAGGCCCUGGCCAAGAAGAUGACGGUCCUGUACAAAUUGGCAAGCGAACAACUGAGCAAGCAGAACCACUACGACUUCGGUUUAAGAGCACUCAAGUCCGUGCUCAAUAUGGCCGGCCAGCUGAAGAGAACUUCCGGCGACCUGGCUGAGGACGUGGUGCUCAUGAGGGCGCUGCGCGACAUGAAUUUACCGAAAUUUAUCUUCGACGACGUCCCCUUGUUCCUUGGACUUAUCGCUGAUCUCUUCCCGGACCUCGACUGCCCGCGGCUUCAUUAUCCCGAUUUCAACGAGGCUGUUAAUCAAGUACUGCACGAGCAACGAUACACUGUUUUGUCUGUGCAGAUAGAUAAAGUAGUUCAAUUGUACGAAGUAAUGAUGACUAGACACUCGACAAUGGUGAUUGGACCAACAGGAGGUGGAAAGACUGUCGUGAUCGAAACUCUUUGCAAAGCUCAGACUCGUCUUAACAAACCUACCAAACUCUACAUUUUGAAUCCAAAGGCAUGCACCGUGAAUGAACUUUAUGGAGUGUUGGAUCCAAUGACCCGCGACUGGACAGACGGUCUCCUGAGUAACAUUUUUAGGGAAGUGAACAGACCAUUAGAAGCGAAUAAGGAUGAAAAGAAAUAUAUCUUGUUCGACGGUGACGUGGAUCCACAAUGGAUUGAGAAUAUGAAUUCCGUGAUGGAUGAUAAUAAAUUAUUGACUCUGGCCAAUCAAGAAAGGAUCAAGAUGCAGAAUCACUGUAGUCUGCUGUUUGAGAUAGGUGACUUGCAGUACGCUUCGCCAGCCACUGUGUCCAGAGCUGGCAUGGUGUACGUGGACCCAAAGAACCUGGGCCACCAGCCUUACAUGGACAAAUGGAUACAGAGUAAAAACAAAUCGGACCAGGAGCCAUUGCGCGGAUUCUGCGAGAAAUACGUGGACGGUGCUAUAGCGCUCAUUAUAGAAGGAAUGCUCGGGUUGCAGCAACUCAAACCGCUUAAGAUGAUCAUACCGCAAACAAGGCUCAACAUGGUAGUACAACUCUGUUACGUAUUCGACGGUCUCCUCGCCGUUCUGAAUUCUCAACUACCUCUUGCUGCCAAACUCGAGGAAAACGAAGAAAUAAGGGCAGAGCCAUUAUUCGCCAGAGAGGAAGUUCUCGAGGCAAUGUAUAUUCAAGCUUGCUACUGGUCCUUGGGAGCGUCACUAGUCAGCGAGCACAGGCCUAACUUCGACGAUUAUAUAAAGAGAACUUCUGGAUUCAUGAUGGUGCAGGAUACUGCCGAGAAGCGAGCUACUGUGCGAUACAUUCCCGUGACGGAGAAGUUGCUGUACGAUUAUUUCUUGGACUUGGAGAAGAAUAUUUGGCUCCCAUGGAAAGUGCUGGUCCCUGAUUACGUUCACGACAGAAGGAAGAAUUUCUCCGACAUUUUGGUCCCUACUCUAGACACCCUUAGAACUACGUGGUUCGUUCAAAUGAUGAACGAACGAAACCGACCAGUUCUUUUAGUUGGCGAGACUGGCACCUCGAAAACCGCUAUAAUUCACGAGUUUCUCCGAAAUCUGAGCACCGAUAAAUACAAUCAGCUCUUGAUCAAUUUCUCAUCGAGAACAACUUCGAUGGAUGUGCAAAGAAAUAUAGAGGCUGUUGUAGAGAAGAGAACGAGAGAAAUUUACGGACCACCACCUGGUAAAAAGUUGUUACUUUUCAUCGAUGACAUGAAUAUGCCACUUGUGGACACUUAUGGUACCCAGCAGCCCAUAGCGCUUCUCAAGUUCUUGUUCGAAAGAGGUGGAUUCUACGAUCGUGGAAAGGAUCUUUCUCUAAUGUACAUGAGAGAUAUGUGUAAAACUAUAAUGAAUUAUAAUUAUCUUCUUGUACAAACGAACAAAAGUUGCAAAGAAUUUACUGUUUCUAAAGGUUACUUAGCAGCAAUGGGAAGGCCUGGUGGAGGAAGAAACGAAGUAGAUCCAAGAUUCAUCUCUAUGUUCUCUGUCUACAACGUCGUAUUCCCUGCAGACGAAACGCUGAAUUAUAUUUGCACAAGCAUACUGAGUGGACACUUGCAGAUAUUUUCGGAGGAGGUGCAAGCAAUUGCAGAAACCCUGGUGCAAGUUACCCUGAGCCUCUAUCAGAAAGUUGCCGCAGAAUUAUUACCAACGCCGAGUAAAUUCCACUACGUCUUCAACAUGCGAGAUUUGUCGAGAAUUACCGCUGGACUUCUUCAAAGCCACCCUGAUUAUCUUUCGAGUGUGAAACAGAUCGUUAGACUUUGGAGGAACGAGUUCACCAGAAUCAUAUGCGAUCGUUUGAUCAACGAAGAGGAUGAGAAUAUCGUGUUUGCAUACAUGAAGGAGAAGAUUCAACAAACUUGGGAAGAAAAGCGUGAAGUCAUAGAGUACGUAAUGAGAGACCCUCUGUUGUUCGGUGAUUUUAGAAACGCAAUGAACGAAGGGGAAUCACGAUUUUACGAAGAUUUGUUGGAUUACGAAGCUGUCUACAGUUUGUUGUUGGAGAUUUACGAAGACUAUAACGAGAGGAACGUGACGAAAUUGCACAUGGUCUUCUUCAACGACGCGCUCGAGCAUUUGACCAGAGUUCAUCGGGCGUUCAGAAUGCACAGGGGGCACGUUCUGGUGAUCGGUAUCGGCGGAAGUGGGAAGAAGUCGGUGAUCAGAUUAGCGUCGUACGCGGCGAAUUUCCGAAUUUUCGAAAUCGCCUUGACUCGAGGCUACGGCGAAGCUUCGUUCCGCGACGACAUGAGGACACUUUACAGCAAGGUGGGCGUGGAGAAUCGGAGGAUCGUGUUUCUAUUCACUGGCGCUCACAUCGUCGACGAAAGUUUUUUGGAAUUGGUGAACAACAUGUUGAUAACCGGCGUCGUGCCGGCGUUGUUCAGCGACGAGGACAAGGACGAAAUUGUCAACUCUUGCAGAAGUCAGGCUGUGGAAGCUGGUUUUGGUGUCACCAGGGAAAAUGUAUGGUCAUAUUUCGUGAAAACCAGCCUGCAAAAUUUACGAAUAGCACUGUCGAUGAGUCCGUCGGGAGAUUUAUUGAGGACAAGAUGUCGGAGUUAUCCUGGUCUGGUGAACAGUACCACCAUAGAUUGGAUGCUCCCUUGGCCCGAACAAGCUUUGGUCUCCGUGGCCAAUGUUACUCUUAGAGACGAUCCAAACAUACCACAAGCUCACAGAGACGCUCUGGUAGAGCACAUGGUGUUUACUCAUAAAACUGUUUGCGAUUAUACAGUGGAAUUCCAGACGAAACUACGGAGGAGGAACUACGUGACACCUAAACAUUAUCUAGACUUCAUAAACAAUUACCUGCACCUCCUAGUGGAGACAAAACAUUACAUAAAUUCACAAUGUGACCGACUUUCCGGAGGGCUGCAGAAGAUUGCGGAGGCCUCGGUAACUCUGAACGAGUUGAAUAAGAUUCUAGCCGUGCAACGGGUAAAAGUGGCUGAUCAAACGAGGAAUUGCGAGCAAUUAUUGGCCUCCAUAGGAGAAAGUACGGAUAUUGCGAUGGAGAAGAAACAGUUGAGCGAGCAGGAGAGGCAGACGAUAGAAGAACAGAGGAAGAUUAUCAACAAAGAGGAAACGGAAGCGAAACAGGCGUUAGCCGAGGCGCAACCUGUUCUAGAUCUAGCCAGAGAAGCCCUUGGCGAACUCGAAAAAGCAGACAUCACCGAAAUAAGAUCGUUCGCGACUCCACCGGAACCGGUGCAGAUCGUCUCAGAAUGCGUGGCAAUGCUGCGAGGUGUCAAAGACAUUUCUUGGAAAGGUGCAAAAGGAAUGAUGAGCGAUCCAGGAUUCUUACGAUCGCUACAAGAAAUGAACUGCGACAAGAUCACGUUGAAAACGCAACAAGCAGUGAAAGCUCAUUUGAAGAAAACCACGAAGCUGGAUCAGAUGCAGUCCAUCAGCAAGGCUGGAUAUGGACUAUACAAAUUCGUAUUGGCUGUGUUGGACUACUGUGCCGUUUUUAGAGAGGUGAAGCCAAAGAUCGAUCGCGUCAAGGAAUUAGAAGCUGAAUCAGAGCGAGCGCGAAAGGCGUUGGAACGAGAGGAGCGGGAAUUACGAAGGCUGGAAAAGACCAUUGCCGAGUUGAACGCGAAAUACGAGAAUGCCAUGGCAGAGAGGCAGAAACUGCAAGAGGAGAUGGACUUGCUUCAGAGGCGUUUGAUAGCUGCCGACAAGUUAAUCAGCGGCCUGUCUUCUGAAAACGAACGAUGGAGGAAGGAGUUGCAGACGCUUCACGGACAGAUGGAGAAAAUUAUUGGAAACUGUCUGCUCUCCGCAGGAUUUCUUGCGUACUGUGGGCCAUUCAGUUACGAGUAUAGGAACCGGAUGUUGUACGACGAUUGGUGGAACAGUAUAGUACAAAAGGAAAUUCCAUUCACGGACACGUUCAGAAUUCAGACGGAGCUGAGCAACGAUGUUGAAAUUAGCACAUGGACGUCCGAGGGUCUACCGCCAGACGAAUUGUCGGUACAGAACGGUAUUCUGACGACAAGGGCCUCCAGAUUCCCGGUUUGCAUCGAUCCACAGCAACAAGCUCUGAACUGGAUCAAAAGGCGAGAGCAGAGGAAGAAUUUAAAGAUCCUGUCGUUCGCUGAUCCAGACUUCCUGAAGCAAGUGGAACUUGCAAUAAAAUAUGGUCUCCCAGUUCUAUUCCAGGACGUCGAUGACAUUGAUCCUGUUCUAGAUAACGUCCUAUCGAAGAACGUACAAAAUGUGGGAGGUAGAAUGUUCGUUCUACUUGGCGACAAGGAAGUGGAUUACGACCCGAGAUUCAAGAUUUAUCUCACCACAAAGAUGUCGAAUCCUAUUUUCGACCCUGCUGUGUAUGCUAAGGCUACUGUGAUCAAUUACAUGGUGACAUUAGGGGGUCUGGAGGACCAACUGCUAUCGGUGGUCGUUCGAACGGAGAGGCCAGACAUCGAGGAACAACGCGAGAGCCUAAUCGCCGAGACCAGCGAGAACAAGAACCUCCUGCAGCAACUGGAGGACAGUUUGCUCCUCGAGAUCGCGACGAACAAGGGCAACAUGCUGGACAACAUCGAGCUGAUCGAAACUUUGGAGAGCACCAAGUCCAGUGCCGCGGAGGUGACGAGGAAACUGUAUCUGGCCGAGGUUACAGCUGCUGACGUGAACAAACUUCGAGACGGUUAUCGAUCGGUGGCGAAAAGGGGAGCGAUACUGUUCUUCGUUCUGGCAGACAUGUCUAUGGUGAACCCGAUGUACCAAUAUUCCUUGAUCAGCUACGUGGAAGUGUUCGUCUACUCGCUGAAGAAAGCGAUCCCGGAUCCAACGUUGAGUCGUCGCCUGCAGAAUAUCAUUCCGAUGCUGACGAAGAACGUGUACGAUUACGGUUGCACCGGGAUUUUCGAGAGGCAUAAGUUGCUGUUCUCGUUUCAAAUUUGCACGAAACUCGAGGAAAGCACGGGGAACGUGAGUCAACAGCAACUGGAUUUCUUCGUCAAAGGGAGUGUCACGUUGGAGAAGGCGGCGAGAGUCAAUCCCACGGAAUGGUUAUCGGCCACCGGAUGGACGGACUUGUUGAAACUGAGCAGCGACUUUCCCGACGACUUUGGCAACAUUGUCGAUGAACUGACCUCGCACGUAGCUGAGUGGCAAGCUUGGCACGACAUGGAUGCUCCAGAAUCUGCAGACUUUCCUUUAGAUUAUUCCACCAAGUUGACACCGUUCGAGAAACUCAUGUUAAUACGCUGUUUACGCGUCGACCGAGUUUAUCGAAGUGUCGUUAAUUACAUCACCGAGAUUAUGGGAGAAGAGUACAUCACUCCCCCUCAUGUUAGUUUCGAAUUAAUCUUUGAGCAAAGUACGCCUACGAUGCCUGUUAUUUUCAUCCUAAGUCCUGGAUCUGAUCCAUCGUCGGAAUUAAUGAAGCUAGCAGACAAGUACGGAUGUGGGGGAGGAAAAUUUAAGUAUCUAUCGCUUGGACAGGGCCAAGAGAAGAUUGCAAUAGAGUUAUUAGAGACUGCGGUGUCCAGAGGGCAAUGGCUAAUGUUUCAAAACUGUCAUUUGCUAUUAAGUUUCACCAGAGUUCUAGAGAAACUACUGGAGGAUGUUGGGAAGCCUCACCCGGAUUUCCGGUUGUGGCUCACUACCGAUCCGACUCCCACAUUUCCCAUUGGAAUAUUACAACAGUCUUUGAAAGUCACCGAGCCACCCAGUGGAUUGAAAUUAAAUCUCAAAAGUACCUAUCUGAAGAUCAAGCCGCAGAUGCUCGAAAGUUGCGCGCAUCCUGCUUACAAACAUUUAGUUUACGUAUUAGCUUUCUAUCACGCGGUCAUUCAAGAGAGAAGGAGGUACGAUAAAAUUGGCUGGAAUAUAAAUUACGAUUUCAACGAGUCGGACUUCAAUGUAUGCAUAACUAUUUUGGACACUUAUUUAACUAAGGCGCUCGUAGCAAAAAAUCCUAGGCUCCCUUGGAACAGCUUGAAAUAUUUGAUAGGAGAAGUAAUGUACGGUGGCCGGGUGAUAGACAGCUACGAUCGUCGAGUAUCCGAAACCUACAUGGAUGAAUACUUCGGAGAUUUCCUUUUCGACAGCUUUCAACCCUACCACUUUUAUCGCGACAAGGAAGUCGAUUACGUGAUACCACCGGAAGGGGAACUGGAAGAUUAUGGAAAGUUCAUCGAGGGACUACCAUUGGUGAACACUCCAGAGGUCUUUGGACUCCAUCCAAAUGCCGAAAUUGGCCACUUCACACAGGCUGCGAAGGAAAUGUGGAGCAAUCUGAUACAACUGCAACCGCAAACUGAAGUCAAUGGGAAUGAAAUAAACAAAGAUGAAUUUAUCGACAACAUCGCAAAGGACAUACUCGAUAAAGUUCCUGUCGAGUACGAUCUCGUUAGAAUCAGAAAACACUUUGGCCCAAUGAUAACUCCGACCACAAUUGUUCUUUUCCAAGAAUUGGAAAGGUUUAACAAGCUGAUUAGGGCGAUGAAAAUUUCCUUAGUGAAAUUGAGAAAGGCUAUCGUUGGUGAAAUUGCAAUGGACGCGACUCUCGAAAAUAUAUCCGCAGCGUUAUACAAUGGCAUAUUACCACAAGAAUGGGCCAGAUUAGCGCCAGACACAAAGAAAACUCUGGGUGGAUGGAUAGAACAUUUCGAGAAGAGAAUACAACAGUACAAUAGUUGGUCCACAACGAGCGAACCUAUAGUUCUCUGGUUAGCCGGAAUGCACAUCCCAGAAACCUAUUUAGCGGCCCUCGUGCAAAUGGCUUGUCGAAGAAACAGUUGGUCUUUGGAUCGUUCUGUCAUGUACACAGCAGUAUCGAGACAUACCAGACCAGAGCAUGUAGAGGAAAGACCCGACGAGGGUUGUUACGUAAGUGGAUUAUAUUUGGAAGGAGCUAGAUGGGACUUGGAAGAGCAAUGUCUCAAGAAAUCACAUCCAAAAAUCCUGAUAGAGGAAUUACCAAUUCUCAUUAUCGUUCCAGUGGAAGCUCAUAGACUCAGACUUCAGAACACUUUUAGAACACCAGUGUAUACUACUUCAAAUCGAAGAAACGCUAUGGGGGUAGGUUUGGUUUUCGAGGCGAACCUUGCUACAGAAGAACAUAUUUCUCACUGGGUAUUGCAAGGAGUUUGUUUAAUAUUAAAAUAUUUAAAAUUCGAAAUCAUUUCAUUAACAUUGGAAAUGAAAUUGAGUAGAGUAGAAAAUCUACAUUACAUCAAAAAAUAUUUAUCAGAAUAUAUACUAUUUGUAGAAUAUUUAUAGUACUUAUAUUAUACAUAUUAAUUUUCAUUCAAAUUCUACAUGAUAUAAUUAGGCAUAAUUCUAUAAUAUUAUUACAGAUAUAUUUGUAGCAAUCGUGGAAGUAUUAAACCUGAAAAUAUAUUCUUGAAAAUUCUUUUUACAAGUCUC